CGCCAAAUUAGCUACUGCUAUAGUAUAGGUCGGUAAUUCCGUGGUGUGCUGCUAUCUUUCGAUUCUUGCUGCUGCUUUGAGGUGUUGGUUGCGGCGUCUCAGCCUCCUCCUUCUCCUCCUCCUCCUCCGUCUUCGGUUCCACCCCUUUUCUCUUCUCUUCAUCAUUCAUGGCGUCUCAAUCUACCAAUCUAUGGGUCUUGUUGGGACUUGGUUUGGCUGGAAUCUUCCUCAUGACCAGAAAGCUCAAGAAGCGUUCAAUCAAGCAAGACUUUGGUGCUUUCAUCCACAAGCUUCUGCUUCUUCCUCCUCCUCAACCUGCUCCUCCCAAAGCUCCUCACCCUCUCACUUCCCUCAACUUCGCCGUCUCUGACCUAUUUGACAUAGAUGGACAUGUGACCACGUUUGGGCAUCCAGAGUGGGCAAGGACGCAUGAAGCUGCUUCCCAGACAUCACCUGUGGUUUCUGCUCUGGUUGAAGGAGGUGCAACCUGCAUUGGGACAACUGUUGUGGAUGAACUGGCAUAUGGUAUUAGUGGUGAAAAUAAACAGUAUGGAACACCAACUAAUCCUGCUGUGCCUGCUCGGGUACCGGGUGGCUCCUCUAGUGGUGCUGCUGUGGCUGUUGCUUCUAAUUUAGUUGACUUUGCACUAGGUAUUGAUACCAUCGGAGGGGUGAGACUACCGGCCGGAUUUUGUGGCAUUUUGGGAUUUCGGCCUUCAUAUGGGGCUGUUUCUCAUAUUGGAAUCAUACCUGUUUCGAAAAGUCUGGAGACUGUUGGUUGGUUUGCUAGGGAUCCUAAUAUUUUGCGACGUGUUGGACAUAUACUUCUCCAAGCACCAUUUGUAGUUCAACGCAGUCCUCGUCAAAUAAUUAUAGCUGAUGAUUGUUUUCAACAGUUGAAUGUUCCUCUUGAUAGGAGUUCUCAGGUGGUGAUCCAAUCCACUGAGAAGCUUUUUGGAAGACAAGUAUUGAAGCAUAUAAAUCUUGAGGAGUUUUUAUGUAAUAAACUUCCUAGUUUGAAAAAACUCUCUAGUCAGCAACAAAAUGGUGAACUGAAAGCUCCUUCAUUGAAGUCACUUGCAAAAAUCAUGCAGUUUCUGCAAAGGCAUGAAUUUAGACUCACACAUGAGGAGUGGAUGAGUAUAGUAAAGCCUGAGCUUCAUCCAGCUGUCUCAGCAGAUCUGCAAGAAAAGUUUGAGGUUUCUGAUGUAGAUGUUGAGAACUAUAGAUCUGUUAGAAAUGAGAUGCGUGAUGCUGUCAAUUCUCUUUUGAAGGAUGAAGGAAUAUUGGUCAUCCCAACUGUAGCUAAUCCUCCUCCAAAAUUGGGAGGGAAGGAGAUCAUAUCAGAGGACUAUCGGAGCAAUGCAUUAAGUCUGCUGAGUAUUGCAAGCAUAUCUGGUUGCUGUCAGGUCGCAAUACCAUUUGGAUUUUAUGACAAGUGUCCAGUUUCAGUGUCCUUGAUAGCCCGGCAAGGUGGUGAUCGUUUUCUACUGGACACACUACAGACCAUGUAUUCAACUAUCCAGGAGCAGGUUGAAAUUGCUGCUGAAACUAAACUGUCAAGAAAUGUUAUUACUCAAGAACAAUCUGCUGAAAUUGCCAAAGAGAAGGGAAACCAAGCCUACAAAGAUAAGCAGUGGCAGAAAGCUAUUGGAUUUUAUACAGAAGCUAUCAAACUUAGUGGCAAUAAUGCAACAUACUACAAUAACAGAGCUCAAGCAUUCCUAGAACUUGGGAGUUAUCUCCAAGCAGAGGCAGAUUGCACAAAUGCAAUUAGCAUCGACAAAAAGAAUGUGAAAGCCUAUUUUCGUAGAGGUAGAGCAAGAGAGAUGCUAGGCUACUACAAGGAUGCAAUUGAUGAUUUUAAAUACGCCCUUGUACUUGAGCCGACCAACAAAAUGGCAGCCUCAGCUGCUGAAAGAUUGAGGAAGCUAUUCCGGUAGAUACAUGGGAAGGCUGAAUAAUUUAGUCUCUGCAGCCAAACACUCCACACUAAUGAUACUGGUGAUCCUAUUCAUUUCUAGUCACAAUGCAGGAUUACUACGAUAUGUGGUUUCUGCAAAUGGUAGUGAUUCUUUGUUCUUCAUGCGAGGCAACUGUGUACAUGGAAAGCUUGUUUUGCUCCUCCUCAGCACUGUUAUCAGGAUCUGCAACUAGUUCUAUUGCAGUAUUGCCAUAAUUGAAAUGUGGCCCAAUUUUGCUCAGUUAUUAAACAUUCGGAUUGUACUAUAGCAGUCAUGUGAGGCAUAUUUUUUAUGACUACAGCUCACUUUGAAUAAAUGGGUGCAAUGAUCUUAAAAAUA